AUGGAAGCUAGUGUUAAACCAGUAGAAAUAUUUAAUUUGGUACGAUCAAUUGUCCAAAAUGUAAAUAUUAACAAUUUUGAUGAAAUGGCACACACAAUUAUUUCCAUACCACUGAAAACAAUUUAUAUAUUUGAAAACAUAGUGGACAUAAUUUAUUUUCGGGCUUUAAAUAGACCAGAUUUUACAGUUUUAUAUGCAAAGUUAUGUGCAUACAUGGCAAAUCAUGCUGCAUUUAACAAACUUCACGAUUCUAAAACUACUUUUCAGAAAGUUUUAGCACAAAAAAUCUUUGACAUGUUUACCUCAUAUUAUACUCGUACUCCUCAGAAUGAAGUACAUAAAUUAAAAAAAAAUUUUAUGAACAGUAAUAUGACCCCAUCUUUUUUCAAGAAUAUAUUGAAUAGUUUUCAUUUCCAAUAUUAUAAAAGGUCUUUAGCCCAUUGCAAAUUUAUCGGUGAAUUAUUCAAACAAGGGGCUUUUACCGAAAAAAAUAUAUUGUCGUUCAUUCACGAAUUAAUGAAAGUAAAAGAUAUUCUUAAUAUUCAUUGCUUAUGUAUAAUAUUACGAAUAGCAGGACAAAAAUUAUCAAAAACUCAUAAUUUGGACGGUAUAGUACACCAUAUUUUAUUAUUUAAAAAUGAAAACAUUGUCCUCAUAAAAAUGUCACCUACUCUUCAGUCUUUGAUAUUCAAAAUACAAAACUUGCAUUUACAAUGUUGGAUACAAGAAGAACCUCUUAAGUUAAUUGAGGACAAUGAACAAUAUGUUUCCUUUGAAAAUUUGCCGGAGCAAUUAAAAAAACUAUAUGAUCUUAAAUCAUAUACAGUAAUGGCCCAAUGUAUUAUUGAUGAAUGUAUGGCUAUUCUUAACGGUGUUGACAUGAUAAAUAUCAAUGAAAUAGUACAUUCGUUAAAUAAUAUCAACUCGUGGCUACAUUACGAUCAAGUGUCAUUCGUUGCUUCUAUGAUACUUAUAACACUAAACGAAGACCAAAGUAUUCGCCAUAAGGCUGGUAUACUUUUAAACUUAUUUAUUAAGAAAGGCUUGUUAUUAAUUGAUUCGGUUUUAUCGGGAAUUGACAAAAUAAUGGAUGACUCGGAAUUGAAAAUAGAACUUCCAAGAUUAUCAGAUUUAUUAUUUGACAUCACUAGUAGGAUUACGAAUCUGAUAUAAAUUCAGCUUAAUUUUGUAUAACUUAAUUUAUACUGUUUUGUAUUGUA